AUGACACAAAUAAGUUUAGACCCUAUACCUGUUAGAAGUUGUCUCAAAUAUUUCUGGAAUCCCAAAAUGACGAUUUUGCAUAAUAAGAAGAAAGCAUUUUAUAUGUCAUUGUUUCAAAGAUAUAUAUAUGUUUUUACUGCUUUUGUUGUUUUUAUGCUUUCAUUUAAUGUACUUUGUAUUGAAGAAAAUUCAUAUGCAAGAGAUAUAUUAGACAAGAGAUUUUUUAGAAAUCUGUAUGAAGAUGAGUUACUAAGGAAGGAUUCAAACAAAACUAACAAUACAGAAAAUCGAAGUGAAUCAAAGGUAUUUCAUUUGAGUGAUAUAAUAACUCAAGUGCUAAAUGAUUCUGGUAUGAAUAGAAGCAAUGUUAGAAGUACUAAUAAGGUUGAUGUCAUUUUUGAUAAGAAAGGUACAAAAUCUGAUAUAUAUGAAAAUAUAGAAACACCAAAAGAUCCUAGUGAAAAAGUAAUAUAUUCUGUCGAGAUAUAUAGAAAGCAAGUUAGUGAUUCUAAUAGUGUUGGUAGUAAGAUGAAAGCUGAAGAACAAAUGAAUAACCUUUUUGUAGAUAAGAUAAAAGAAAAUGAAAAAGAGGAUAUUACUGGUAAAUUAGGAGUAAGGAGAGGAUUAAAUUUUUAUGAUAAUGAAAAGGAAAUAGAAAAUGAGAAGAAGGAAUCAAAAUUUGUAAAUAACCUGAAGAGUGAAAACUUUGAAGAGUCUACAAGAGUUAAUAUAAGAAGAAGGCCAAGUGAAAUAAAUCAUGAUAUAUCUAAAAGAAAAGAUGAAAAAGAGAAUGUUAGUGCAAAAGUUUCAAACAUUGAAAAAGAAAAAUUAGAUAUUGAAGAAACCAAAAAGGAUGAGAAUAUAGGAUUAGAAAAAAGAACACCCAAUAUUAGUAAUACUAAAACCAAAAAGGUAAGAAUAAAAGAAAUUGAAAAAGAAGAAAUAAAAAGCAUACCAAAAAAUAUUGAUAAUAAUAAAAAAUCAAACGUUGUUGAAGAAAAACAAGUUAAGACUGAAGAAAUAAAUAAAAAAGAAAUUAAUUAUGAAGAAAUAAAAGAAAAAGAAAAAGAAGGUGUUGAUUUUUUAAAUGAAUCUUUAUUUGUUUAUCCAAAUGAUGGUGAUAGUAUAAAUAUAGAAAAUAUGUUAAAACAUAUUAUGGAAUAUGAUAAUUCAGAAAAGAAAAUGGAUGAUCCGAGUAAAGAUGAAAAUAAUAAUGAAUUAUUUGAUUUAUUAAAUAGUACUUUCCAGGAUAAUGUUUAUAAUAUAUUUAAAUUACAUGAAAUAUUGUGUUGUGAUUUGACGAACGUUUCUAUAUGGAAGGAAUAUGAAUUAGAUUUAUAUGAUGUAAAAGAAAAUGGUUUGUAUACUAAUGAUAAGGAUAUCGAACUAAAUGAAAAUAUCUUGUCUUUAAAUUCUAAAAAAAAUGAUAUGAGUACGUUAAGGGAUUUAUGGAAUCAAAUAAAUAGAAAUGAAGAGAAAAAAAUUUCAUUUUUAAUAUAUCAUUUAAAUUUACUUUAUACGAAUUUAAAAAAUAAAUAUGAUGUAUCUGUUUACCAAUCAUCUAAUGAAUUGAAUAAUACUUAUCAUAAGUUUCUGACCCAUAAGAGUUAUAUAAAAUCAUACGUUAAGGGAAUUUUUAAUGAAUGGAUUAAAAAUAGUAAUAUGGAUAUUGAAGAAUAUAGAAUUCUUAUAAUCGCAUGUAGAUUAAUAUGGAGAAAAUUAAAGAAAAAUACAAUAGCAUUACUUGAACAAAUUAUAACCAAAACUUUUGCAAAGAAAAUUAAAGAACGUGAAAUGUAUAAUAAGUACCUUGUUCGUUUGUAUAAAGCAAAAUAUCAAGAAGAAAAAUAUAAUUACUUUUGGAUGAAAUUUCUUGAUGAAUAUAAAGAAAAUACAGUCAGUUCUUAUAAGGAAAGUCUUAAAGAAGCUCCUUAUAUAGAUUAA